AUGUUUAGUUUACUGCUAAACUUACGUACUGUAAUGUCACCCGAGGAACUCAUGCAAAAAAUUGUGCAGCAAUGUAUGUUCACCCAAAACGCGGAUGCGGUGAAUUUCUGCCGUGAAGGUCGAGAUCGGAUGUUUUCGCAUUUGCUCCGUCUAUGCCGUGAAUGGGCUACCAGCAUACCGCAUGACUUCAGAAGUGAGCACAUGCGAACAAGAUUGAGCGAAUUGCUUGGAUUGUGUGCCGUUGAUCGAACGUACAAGCAACGAGCUAGCUGA